AUGAUCUUAAGCUUUGUUUGUGUGUUGCUUCUCUUAGCUCUGAUCAAGGCCUUUCACAAACUAUGGUGGACUCCAGUUCGGCUACAGAAUAUGAUGGCUCUGCAGGGAAUCAGAGGUCCUUCUUACAGAUUUUUCUAUGGGAACGCUACAGAAAUCACCAACUUGAGAAAGGAAGCCAUGAGCAGGCCCAUAAGUUUAUCACAUGAUAUAUUUUCUCACGUUCAACCUCAUAUUCAUGCCUGGACCAAGAGUUACGGGAAGAAUUUUCUUCAAUGGCAUGGUGUUAAACCAGUUUUGGUUGUUACUGAACCUGAGUUAUGCAAGGAGAUCCUCAAUAACAAAGAAGGAGUUUAUCAAAAGCCGGAGCCUUCUAACGUUAUUGUGAAGAAACUACUUGGAGAUGGCGUUACCAUGACAGAAGGCGACAAAUGGGCCAAAUUGAGAAAGCUGUCCAACCAUGCCUUCCAUGGAGAGAGAUUAAAAAAUAUGUUUCCAGACAUGAUAACUAGUGCUGAGGCGAUGGUAGAAAGGUGGAAAAAUAAUGAAGGAAAAGAAAUUGAGGUGUUUGAAGAAUUUAGGUUGCUGACUUCCGAAGUGAUUUCCAGGACAGCAUUUGGCAGCAGCUACAUAGAAGGAAAGAAUAUUUUUGAAAUGUUGAUGAAGCUAACCUCCAUAGUAUCCAGAAAUCUUCUCAGCAUCAGGUUUCCUGGCAUGAGUAAGCUUUUUAGAACUAGUGAUGAUAUUGAAUCAGAAAAGGUUGAGAAAGGAAUACGCGACUCCAUUAUGGAGAUUGUUAAGAAAAGAGAAAAGGAGGCAAAGGCCGGAGAAGAAGAUUGUUUUGGAAAAGACUUUCUAGGAUUGCUUUUAAAGGCUCAUCAUGCUACAGAUGACAAGCAGAGGAUUUCGGUGGACGAAUUGCUUGAGGAAUGCAAGACGUUUUACCUUGCUGGACAAGGGACCACUAAUACUUUGCUUGCUUGGACUACUCUUCUUCUGGCACUCCAUCCUGAAUGGCAAGAGGAAGCAAGAAAGGAGGUCCUGCAGUUAUUCGGUAAACAACCUCCAACUUAUGAUGGCAUGGCCAAACUAAAAACAAUGAAUAUGAUCAUCAAUGAGACUCUAAGGUUAUAUCCUCCUGCUAUUUUGCUUUCAAGGAAAGUUUCAGGGGAAGUUAGACUGGGGAAUAUCUUGGUUCCUGCUAAUGUUGAAUUGCUUGUCCCAACUUUAGCACUUCACCAUGAACCUCAGUUCUGGGGAGAAGAAGUGGAACUGUUCAAACCAGAGCGAUUCUCUGAAGGGAUUGCUAAAGCUACUAAUGAAAACAUGGCCGCCUUCAUGCCCUUUGGAUUGGGACCUCGAAAAUGUGUAGGAUUCAACUUUGCAGCCCUUGAAGCAAAGAUAGCUAUGUCAAUGAUUCUACAACGCUACUCAUUUACCCUUUCCCCGGGUUAUGUUCACUCGCCUUUUCAGUAUGUUAUUGUCCGCCCUCAGAAUGGAGUUCAAGUAAUUCUACACCCACUUUGA